CAAUGGGGCGGCUUGGUCUCCCCCCUCCGCCUCCCUUGGUGAACGCCGGUGUUACUCCGAGCCAGUCGCGUCAACACAGGAGUCUCUGAGCGUCAGUGAGAAGCAGAGCAGACAGAUAUCUUUUUAUAUAUAGAGAGAAAGAGAGUGUGAGGGAGAGAGAGCGUAGAUGAAAAAAAAAAGGCAUACAAAAGCAGCGUUGUGAGUGGGAGACGGUAAUCACCUUCCAGGAUCUGAACCAAUAGUAAGAGAGCCAGAGGGAGAGAGGGAGAGGGAGAGAUAGCAAGCCUAUUUAUCUCCUCUCACUACACUCAAGUACAGAGCUAGAGUGCGCGUGUGUGUCUGUGGAGUGUUUAUUCAGUCAGACAAAUAGGGAUAGUGUGCGUGUUUGUGUGUUUAUUUUUCUCUUCCUCCCUUGAAGUGGGGAAGCCUGGUCUGACUGUGCCUGCCUUUUUUUGGAGAAUCCCAUUGGCCGAGACGGACCCACUGCCGGACGAGAUGAACCACAGCACCACCAAAGUGGGGUCGGAGACCUCUGAGCCCCUGCGCUACAUCAGUAAAGCCGAGGCCGAGGCCAUAGAGUCUGAGCUGCUGAAGGAGUACCGGUUUGGACCGCAGCAGCUGAUCGAGAUCUGGGGUCACGCCUGUGCCAUCGCCAUCACUAAGGCCUACCCUCUCAGCUCCAUGGGGAGGAAGCAGCCCACGGUGCUGGUGGUGUGCGGGCCUGACCAGAACGGCUGCAUCGGGCUGGUCUGCGCCAGACACCUGCGCAUGUUUGAAUAUGAGCCGACCAUUUAUUACCCCAAGCGUUCCUCAAACGGUCUGCACCAGGACUUCACCGUGCAGUGUGAGAAGAUGGACAUCCCCUUCCUCUCAUACCUGCCCACCGAGGUUCAGCUGAUCAACGACGCGUACCACCUGGUGAUCGACGCCAUCCUCGGGCUGGAGGCCGACCCGGCCAACGUCAAGGAACCCUAUGCCGGCAUGCUGGUGACCCUGAAGCAGGUGAAGAUCCCCAUCGUCAGCGUGGACGUGCCUUCAGGUUGGGACGUCGAUGAGGCCAGCACAGAAGGAAUAAACCCAGAGGUCCUCAUAUCGCUCACGGCACCCAAGAAGUGUGCCGCUAGUUUCACAGGGAAGCAUUUCUUGGGCGGACGUUACCUGCCGUACGACAUCCAGAAGAAAUACGACCUGAAUCUCCCAGAGUACCCCGGUACAGACUGUCUGAUCGAACUGUAACGCACACAACCGACCCAGGCAGACCCGCUCCCUCCAUUUUGAAUAAAUAUGGGUACUCGGUUCUCAUGUUUUGUACUUUCUAGAGUGUUCCAGUUCUACAUGGUUAUGAUGUGCUGUUCCUCCAUCGUUUAGAACAGGGUGCGCCGUAGCUCUGCCUUUGAGAGGAUGACCUACAGUAGAAGUGUCAAAGUACCAUCUAAAUCUGUAGUUUGAGUGAGAUCUUAGUACCUGUUUUUCCUUAAAGGAUUUGUCGAUGAAGAGUUUCGCCUGAGUCUGAUUUCAUGCUCAGUACUCGACCCUCCCGUUUAUUUCCAUCCGUCUUUGUUUCUUUCGGUUUGGUUUGGAGAUUGGGUUUGAAAUUAAGAAGUAUUUUUCUCAUUUGAUUUGGAAUGUCUUCUUGGCUCAUUUUAUUAUUCUCAGAUCAAUGUAGUUUUAUUUAUUGUUAUGGCGAUGCCCUUUUGAUUAAUUUGAUAAAAUCCCAAUCUGUUGUUGAGUGGUGGUACUUUAUUGGUUGAACGUACACUGAUAGAUUUGUUGAUCUGUUACUUAAAUAAAGGUCCCAUUUAACAAGUG